CAAAGACUUUUCUGAUUGUUUAUUCAUCUUAGCUCUGUUGAUGAGGACAAAGUUAUUUUCUUAGAAUGGGGUGGUGGUGGGAGCUGAUGUGGAUUUUAAUGGUACUUUGAAGGGACCCAGAUGAGCUCAGCAUCAGUGGAAAGUUCAGGGAUUUGAUAAAGUUCUUUGACUUCAUAGAUAUCUUGUGAAAUCUCUGUUCUCCAAUGCCGUCAGUUUUGUUUUAGGCCUAGAGUAGGCACAUUCAGGAUCGAUUACCUUUAGUCAUAGAAACCCUACAGUGUGGAAACAGGCCCUUCGUCCCAACAAGUCCACACCGACCCUCAGAGCAUUCUUCCCAUCCCCAUAUAACCCACCUACUCUACACAUUCCUGAACACUACAGGCAAUUUUGCGUAACCAAUCCACGUAGCCUGCACAUCUUUGGACUGUGGGAGGACACCCACGCAGACACACAGGGAGAAUGUGCAAACUCCACACAGUCGCCCGGCCGUGGAAUCGAACACGGGUCCCUGGAGUUGAGAGGCAGCGGUGCUAACAACUAAGGCGUACAUUUUCUGAGACCUCCUUGCGACUCGUGCCUUACACUGAUCAAGGACUGGUGUGGGUGGAGCUUGUUCCAUUCCGUUUGGGUAGGAUUCGCGCACUGGCACUUCAUCGCCGAAGAAGAGUCAGAUCCGAUUCGAAACGUUAACUCCUUUUCGUUCUCCACAGUCGCUGCCAGACUUGCUGAGUUUCUCCAGCAUUCUCUUAUGGUUGUUUCAGAUUUCCAGCAUCCGUAGUGCUUUUUCUAAAUUGUAUUAUGAGUUCUGCAGACUGGUCUGGUUCCGCAGACAAAUGCCUUUUAUUCUUUACUCUUGCAUCUGACAGAGAAAAACAUAAAACAGCUUCCUUGAGGUGAUGCUGCUUGGCCUGCUGUGUUCAUCCAGCCCUGCACCUUGUUGUCUCUCCUUGAGGUAAUUGUUGACAUUCUGGCACCUGAACCAGGCCGACAACGCAGGGCUGAAUGCAGAGCUGCUGCUGUUUGCUAUUACGGUGAAAUUAUGAAGAUUGAUUUAGUUGCAGGAAAUCAUAUAAGCACACAGCUAUCAGUUCACAAGGAAAGCGAGUGAAAUGGAACUAUGAUCACUUAUGGUGAAAGUUCACUCAGAGAAGACAUCUGUUUCGCUGCGGGCGUCGCACUCAAACCCGGAAGUGACCUCUACCAAUCGCGAAGCGAAGAAGCCUGUCAAUCACUCCCGUAGCGGCUUCUCAUUGGACGAUUGGUUAAUUGUUACAUCCGCCUCUGUGUUCGGUGUCUGCGGAGUGGGUUCGUUUCCAUUUGGUGUCUUUGGGUUUCUGUUGGUUAUCCCUAGUUAAUAGGUCCCCACAUGUCUAGCCCAACGAUAUUCAACCCGGUUAUACCAUAUACUGGUGCGAUCUUUGGUGGUUUGCAACGAGGGCAGAUGAUAGCAGUGCAGGGAAUAUUGCCCAAAGAAAGUGAAAGAUUCCAGGUGGAUUUACAGUGUGGAAGCAGUGAAAAACCUCGUGCAGAUGUAGCCUUCCAUUUCAAUCCACGUUUUUGGAGAUCUGGGUGCGUGGUUUGCAACACUCUGGUGCAUGAAAGAUGGGGACGUGAAGAGAUAAAAUAUGAGAUGCCAUUCAAAAAAGGAGAGCCAUUUGAAAUCAUUUUCUUCAUAAUGGUUGACAGGUUCAAGGUUGCAGUUAAUGGAAAACAUUUCCUGGACUAUCAACAUAGAAUAAGUAUGGAGAGAGUUGACACACUUGGAAUCUCUGGUGUGGUCCAAAUUCAAACGAUUUGUUUCUUGAACAGCACUGAGCAGGAUAAUCCAUAUUACAACCUUUCAAUAAAGAAGACUGAUACAAGUGGGACUCAUGCCAAGCAUACAAAGAUUCCGCUGGCAGUCCCUUACAUGGGUAAGAUUGAGGAUGGAUUAUGUCCAGGUCGGACAAUCACUCUUCAAGGCAAAGUCAAUAAGAACCCAGACAGGUUUGCUAUUAAUCUCUGUGUGAGUAAUUCCACUGACAUUCCAUUACACCUGGCACCUCGGUUCAAAGAAAAGGCUUUCGUUCGAAACUCUUUUCUCUAUCAAAGCUGGGGUGAAGAGGAGAGGAAGAUAGACUAUUUUCCAUUUAACCCAGAGGCAUAUUUUGAGGUUAUCAUUUAUUGUAGUUCUGACUGUUUCAAGAUUGCUGUGAAUGGAGAGCAUUUAUUGGAGUAUAAACACCGGUUUACUGACUUGAGCAAAAUUGACAUGGUGGGGGCAGACGGAAAUAUCCAGCUGUUUGAAGUACAGACUUGGUAGGUGGAGAAAAGCUGCUGACCAAAAUUAACACUAAUGCCAGGAUAAUAACAGGGUGUGUAACCUAUUGAAUUCUGUUUCUAAUUAUAGAGAAUACGUUAUCAAAUCAAGAAGAAAAUUUGUUUCUUGGGGAUUGUUGCAUGAUGUUUGAAGAUCUGGAUUUUGUUUUGGAAUUGCUUUGAGUUCACAUAAAUCUGUGCUAAAGGAAUUUAGAGGGUAGCAUCAAUUCUAUAGAACCACAUCCAACCCCGCCCACAUCACGACUUAAAUCAUUUUGAAAGCUAAACAUUUUAAGUGCAUGGAUAAUUUUGCUUUGAAAUUCAAAUUACCAACAAACUUGACCAAGUGUCUUUAAAUAUUUAAAAUUUAAAUAUGUAUUUUUAAAGGCUGCAAAGCGUUAAUAGUUUGCUAAUGUCCUAACUCCUAUCCUGUAAGACAGUCAGCCCGUUAAUGAAACUAAACACGCUUUCUCUAUAUUUGCAUAGCUUUUGAUGCUGAAUAAUAUUGGUUUUCAUUUUCGUUGUUAAAAAUCCUGAAUGCUUUGGCAAGCCCUAUAAGUAUUUUAUCUGACUGACAAGGUGCAAACAUGAAUAGUCAAUUAAAACUGUAGUACUCCAUAAAUGUUACAGAUUUAAGUGUCAGAUGUAAAAAGGUACUGUUUUGGUUUUCUCAGGUUGUUUUAACAACCUGUUUCACAACUUACUGUAGAAUUCUGUGCACAGUAUUAGGAAAUCUGAUUAAUUUGCAUUUUUGAUCUGGAGGGGUGUUGUGAUGGAAAAUCCACCCCGUUACUUUAAUUACGAGUAACAUUAUUAGUUUGGGGUUAGACUCCGCAGCAAGAAUGUUGUUGUCUGGCUGCUGUUAUUGUUGCACAUGGAUUUCUAUGAUGUAUUCUGUUUCUUUAUGAACAAUACACUUGGUAACUAAGUGGGAAAACUUCUCAUUGCAAACAAAAUUGACAUUCUAAUCCAGUGCCAGGUGUAUUGCAUUGUCUCUGUUGCUUCUGUAUUUUGUGUUUACAUAUGAAAAACAAAUACAUGUUAAUUUUCCUGGAAGUUUUUUUUUUGGGGCCAGUGUGUUCACUGCAAACAUUUGGAAAAGCCCAUUUAUGCAUCUUCUAUUUAAAUACUGUAAAUUAACAUAUCUGCCUCUGUACUUUACUUAUGUACAUAACCAAUCUAUAUGAAGACAAAACUCUUCAAGUAUAGUGUAUUUACUUAAUCUGUACUGCAUUAAAAAUAAAGUUCAUAUUUUAAACAUU